CUGCCGGUGAUAGGAAAAUGUGUGUUGCACAGCACUUGCGAGCAAGUUGAUAAGUAGUUGCGCGAACCAGAUAGAAAAUAAUCAAAAUCCAAGAUGGCCAUGUGUCACGAUGGUUUCUUGAAGUGUAGUCGUUAAACUUUGUUAUUUUGUGUGAAAAUAGUGUUUUUUCACUAUGGCUGACUUAAGUGUGGAUAUAUCAAAAUUGCCGGACGAAAUUAGAGAUAAAUUGGCCGAAUUGGACUUGGAGUUAUCUGAAGGUGACAUCACACAAAAGGGAUAUGACAAGAAACGGUUGCGACUACUCGCGCCCUACGUCCAACAACAGCCGCCUCAAGCGGGCGGGGCAGCUGCGCGCGGGCCUCGUGGCGACGGCAGCCGUCAGCACACGCGCAACCGGCGCACGCACCGCCGUGUCACACACAACGAGAAGCGAUACCACUCAGAAGUUCGGCAAGAAGCAGUGCAGCAAGCACUCGCCGAGAUGCAGAAUCGCCCGAAGCCUUCGAUGCCAAUGCCAUCCAAGCGGACGUCGAUGAUGUCGAAGAGCCCAGAUCGCGAACGUCACGACUGCUCUUCCAGCUCAGACGACGAUUCUUGCGCUGGGGACGCAGACCUUCCACCUCCGCCGGAAUUGAACUCUCCACCCGCUCGCCGCGUAAACGCGCCACAUUCACGAUCUCAUCCACACCCUCUGCCUCUACCACACCAAUACCAACACCCCCACCCCCACCCACAACCACGCGAAAAACACGCCAAGUACGUCGUUCCCCGCGACCAUACCCAGAUCGAUAUAAACGAUAUCUCUACUAAUUUUCCGGCUUACAUUCAGCCAGAUGUGACCCACACCAGCGCAGGCGCACGUCGUGGGGGCGCCCAGAUCGCGGACCGCGUGCAGUGCUACGCGCCGACUGAGGACACCGGCACCGGUACCGGCCGCUGGAAGGUGAGGCCACAACCUCAGCUCAAGGUCUCAGCUAAAAUCCAACAAUUGCUGAACACCCUGAAGCGCCCGAAGCGUCGGCCCUUGCCUGAAUUCUACGAAGACGAUGACAUCGAACUCGAGAUUGCUGCUAACCCGAAAGAUCCAAAUGCGCCUAAACCCGAAGGAGGUACCAUGACUCCGGCAGUUGGUGAGCAACUCGUGGUCCCUGCCGGCCUGCCGAGGAACCUCGAGGGAGCUCUGCAGAGAUACGGAACUGCUUCUUUCAAGGCCAACGUUGCAACUGUGCUCGAUCCGAAUGGGAAGCUUAGCAAUUCUCUCACUUACGGCAAGCUGUUAAGUCGAUCUUUCAAAAUCGCUCAUGCUCUCCUCAACAAGACUUUCACCUCGAAGAACAACAGCGGGGGUCCACUGACUGGUGACAGUUCUAUCAAGCCAGGGGACCGCGUGGCCCUGGUGUAUCCUAACAACGACCCCAUCAACUUUAUGUGCGCGUUCUACGGGUGCCUGCAAGCUGGUGUGGUGCCGGUUCCCAUUGAGGUUCCGCUGACUCGCCGAGACGCGGGAUUGCAACAAGUCGGUUUCUUGCUUGGCUCCUGCGGCAUCCAAUAUGCGUUGACCUCAGACGCUUGCCUCAAAGGACUCCCAAAAACAUCAUCGGGAGAUGUGGUAUCAUUCCGCGGCUGGCCAUGUUUGCAAUGGGUGUCCACUGAGAAACUGCCCCGCCCCCCGCGCGACUGGAUACCCCCACCUCGUCCCGCCGAGGACAGCCACGCGCACAUUGAACACACCUCCGCUGCUGACGGAUCUGCUAUGGGCGUUAUUGUGACCAGGCAAUCUAUGCUGGCCCAUUGCCGCAUGCUAUCAGUAGCUUGCAACUACACGGAGGGAGAGCACAUGGUCUGCGUGCUGGACUUCAAACGCGAGACGGGCUUGUGGCACGCGGUUCUCGUCAGCGUUCUUAAUGGGAUGCAUGUGAUCUUCAUCCCGUACGCUCUGAUGAAAGUAAGCCCGGCCUCUUGGAUGCACAUGAUCACCAAGUACAGAGCAUCGGUGGCAAUCGUGAAGUCCCGCGACCUGCACUGGGGGCUACUGGCAACGCGAGAUCAUAAGGAGAUCAACCUGAGCUCGCUGCGUAUGCUGCUUGUCGCCGACGGCGCCAAUCCCUGGUCGCUCUCCUCUUGCGACCAAUUCCUCUCCGUAUUCCAAAGCAAAGGAGUCCGCGGCGAUGCGAUCUGCCCAUGCGCAUGCAGCAGUGAGUCGCUAACUGUGUGCGUACGUCGCGCUGGGCGCGGUGGCGCCUCGGCCGGACGCGGCGUACUCUCUAUGUCCGGCCUGUCCUACGGCGUGGUACGCGUUGACGCCGAGAACUCUCUUACUUCACUCACGCUACAAGAUUGCGGACAAGUCAUGCCAUCGUGUGUAAUAGUGGUAGUGAAGAUGGAGGGCCCAGCGUUUCUCUGCAAGACAGACGAAGUGGGAGAAAUUUGUGUGUUGUCCGGAGCCACCGGCACCGGGUACUACGGCUUGGCCGGUUUGACCAAGAACGUGUUCGAAGUGCGUCCGCUUGACGCCGACGGGGAGCCGAUCGGGGAGGAGUUCUACGUCAGGAGUGGUCUGCUUGGAUUCCUAGGACCUGGCGGAUUGGUGUUUGUAUGCGGAUCACGCGACGGCCUGAUGACGGUGACGGGCCGCAAGCACAACAUGGAUGAUAUAAUCGCGACGGUGCUGGCCGUAGAGCCCAUGAAGUUCAUCUACCGCGGCCGCAUUGCCGUUUUCUCAGUGCGUGUCCUACGCGAUGAGCGCAUCUGCAUUGUUGCUGAACAGCGCCCAGAUUGUGGAGAAGAAGAGUCGUUCCAGUGGAUGUCACGCGUCCUCCAAGCGGUUGACUCUAUCCACCAAGUGGGCAUUUAUUGUCUGGCACUGGUACAACCCAACUACCUGCCGAAGACGCCUCUCGGAGGGAUUCACCUGAGCGAAUGCAAGCGCCGCUUCCUCGACGGCACCUUGCAUCCAGCCAACGUGCUAAUGUGCCCGCACACAUGCGUCACCAACUUGCCUAAACCCAGGGAAAUACACUCAGAUGUGGGUCCGGCUUCGGUGAUCGUGGGCAACUUGGUGCAGGGCAAUAGGCUCGCGUCCGCACAAGGCCGCGACAUGGGUUACUCUGACGACUCGGACGCUGCCAGGAAGUAUCAGUUCAUAUCUCAAAUCCUGAGGUGGCGAGCUCAAAGCACAUCAGACCACGUAAUUUUCACAUUGCUCAAUUCAAAAGGAACUGUGUCCAAGUCGCUCACAUGCGCAGACCUGCAUAAGCGCGCUGAGCGCAUCGGUAAUUUGUUGUUGGAGAAAGGUCGCGUGAACACUGGCGACCACGUCGCACUCAUCUUCCCUCCCGGCCUUGAUCUCAUCAGUGCCUUCUACGGCUGCUUGUACGUUGGCGCAGUGCCCGUCACGAUCCGCCCUCCGCACCCCCAAAAUCUCCACACAACUCUGCCAACAGUGCGCAUGAUUGUCGACGUCAGCAAAGCUACCCUAGUCCUCUCGAACCAAUCUGUGAUAAAACUGCUCCGUUCUAAGGAAGCUAGUAACGUCCUCGAUAGUAAAGCGUGGCCACUCACCCUCGACACUGAUGACAUGCCCAAGAAGAAGCUCCCGAUCUUGUACCGUGCCCCAACCGCCGAGAUGCUGGCAUACCUCGAUUUCAGCGUGUCCACCACGGGCAUGCUGGCCGGCAUCAAGAUGUCCCACGCCGCCGUCACCUCACUCUGCCGUUCCAUGAAGAUUGCUUGCGAACUCUACCCAUCCAGGCAUAUUGCUCUUUGCCUCGAUCCCUACUGCGGCCUCGGCUUCGCUCUUUGGUGCCUCAGCAGCAUUUACUCCGGACAUCACUCCAUUCUGAUACCACCUUCGGAGGUCGAAAUCAAUCCAGGUCUCUGGCUUAGCGCUGUGUCUCAAUACAAAGUGCGCGACACAUUCUGUUCUUAUGGGGUCAUGGAACUGUGUACCAAAGGUUUGGGUAGCUCGGUCAACACGCUCAAAUCAAAAGGAAUCAAUUUGGCUUGUGUAAGGACAUGCGUCGUUGUCGCCGAGGAGAGGCCCAGGAUCAAUCUGACGAAUUCUUUCUCCAAGCUGUUCUCCGCUCUGGGGUUGAGCCCCAGAGCCGUGUCCACCUCUUUCGGCUGUCGAGUCAACAUCGCCAUUUGCCUGCAAGGCGCUUCUAGUCCCGAACCGUCAACCGUCUACGUUGAUUUGAGAGCUCUGCGCAACGACCGCGUGUCCUUGGUAGAACGCGGCAGCCCACACUCGCUAUGUUUGAUGGAAUCAGGGAAACUGCUUCCUGGGGUCAAAGUGAUUACUGCCAACCCGGAGACAAAGGGCCAAUGUGGCGAUUCACACCUGGGCGAGAUUUGGGUGCAGUCACCUCACAACGCAAGCGGGUACUUCACAAUCUAUGGCGAUGAGAGCGAUUAUGCAGAUCACUUCUGCGCUCAGCUAGUGACCGGCAACACGGGAGAGGUUUAUGCGCGGACGGGGUAUUUGGGCUUUUUGCGUCGCACUGAGAUCAGCACGACAAACACUAGCGCUGGUGACGAGACCUCGCUGGUGGUGCGGGACAGCGACACGGAGUCCGUCGCUUCGGGCGGCGGCUGCGCGAUGAGCGACGUACACGACACACACGACGCCGUGUUCGUGGUGGGCGCGCUGGACGAAACCAUCAUGCUCCGCGGCAUGCGCUAUCACCCCAUCGACAUUGAGAACUCCGUCAUGAGGUGCCACAAAAAGAUUGCUGAAUGCGCGGUGUUCACUUGGACGAACCUACUUGUGGUUGUAGUGGAGCUGGAUGGCAACGACAGCGAGGCUCUGAACCUGGUGCCGCUGGUAACAAACACGGUGCUCGAGGAGCAUCACCUCAUUGUAGGGGUAGUGGUGGUGGUAGACCCUGGAGUGGUGCCGAUCAACUCGCGUGGGGAGAAACAGCGCAUGCAUCUUCGCGAUGGAUUCCUGUCAGACCAGAUCGAUGCUAUUUAUAUUGCAUACAACAUGUAAACACACAUCUAGCGGCCAUCACGUCAAUCGGCAAAUCUCUUCACCUGAUUUCAAGUUCGUGGCUGUCGCAAUCGCGUAUUGUUUUCUGUAAGUCAGGCGCCGGGUCGUACGGUUAUUGACAUUUCGUAGAAAAAUUAUAACGAUUGUGAGAUGUCAUGAUGUUGCGGUAUGGGCUAGUCGGUCCUUGAAGGCAGUCUUUCAUUUGCAGUGUUGUGCUUUAAAUGUCGUCCCACCAUUGACUAGUCUGUCCGAUGAUGAUGAAAUUGGUUAGCUCCUUCAAUUCUUAGAGCUCAGUUACAGUUUCUCUUUAAAAUGUUUAGACUGUUUUUUGCAAAAUGCACUUAACCCCCUAAUAUAAAAAGCAAACGCCAAAUCAUAUUCGAAUUGUAACGAAAGUGUCUAAGACUGUUCUUAUUUCUAAGCGUAGAAGAUGCUUUUUGCAACAAUAUCAGUGAAAUUUUUCUCGUAACUGCCGAUGAAACGAGAAUUAGUGUAGACUCUACGUUUAUUUCAGGUUUUUCGAGGCGUUUUGCCCUCUUUCUCUUAAUCCGCCCUCUUUCUCUUCAUAUGUUGGAGGCCAAUAACACAUUCACCCACGAAGUAGAUCCCUUUAUGUUAGGAUGUUAAGUAGAAAGUUUAUAGUUAAAACCUUGUAUUUUAUCAGUUUACACAAUUAUAAUUGUUGUGAUUAUUAUUCAAUCAAAUAAUUUCUAAUGUAGUUCGUAUGUCAAUGUAUUACAAUCGUAAUUAUUAUUCUUAGUAUGUAUUAGUGAUUAUUCCUAUGAAUAAUUUAAAAUUGUACUGCAUUUAAUGUUAGUUUUGAAGUUCUGUUCUGUUUUGUAGUCGGACAAUAAGUUCUUGCAAAUUCUCAAAAGUAUUGUGCACUUUCAGCCUCAAUUUAAAGCGAAAACACGUACAAUUCUGUGUUUGGAAUAUAAACGCGUAUUCUUAUAAGUGGAGACCUCUAUGCUAGAGUGGCAAAAUGUUGCACGUGUUGAAAUCUUAAACAACUGUGUUUUUAUACUGAUUAUUUU